AUGCGUAUCACCAAAGCCCAACUCAAGGGGCUGGACCAGUACAAGUACUCGGGGAUAGAUAAGAGCGUCGUUUCGCGUUAUGCGCUCGGACCGUUCUGGACUUGGCUGGUCACUAUCAUGCCGAGGAACCUGGCGCCUAACUCUAUCACCUUCCUGGGCCUCUGCUUUGUCUUUGCGAAUGUCGGCACUCUGUUCUACCUCGAUCCGACCUACUCGGGCAAGGAGCUACCGAGCCUGGUCUACCUCAGCUGGGCUAUCGGACUGUUUGCAUAUCAAAGUAUGGACGCUAUUGACGGCAAGCAGGCUAGGCGGUUGAAUAUGGGCAGUGCUCUGGGAGAGAUGUUCGAUCAUGGUUGUGACGCCAUCAACACUACCCUCGAGACCGUGCUCUGCUGCCACGCCCUAGGCCUCAAUCGGUCCUGGUGGACUGUCACAAGCCAAGCCGCGACCAUGUGUAACUUCUACGCCUCCACAUGGGAAGAAUACCACACCGGCACGCUGUACCUCUCUGCCUUCUCCGGUCCCGUCGAAGGCAUCCUCAUGGUCGUCGCCAUCUACGCCGUCACUGCCAUUCACCCGCUCGGCCAAGCCUUCUGGUCCCAGCCAAUCUUCAGCCUCAUCCCGGGUCACUACGUCAUGAACUUCUUGGGCCAGGUGGACAAAGUCCUCGGUCUUAAGAGCGUUCUCGCUGGAAGGGGAUGGGCGGGCCUUGAGGGUCUCCCGAUCAAUGUGGCGUUCAUGAUGUUUGGCGGUGCAGGGACUAUCGGGAACAUCGUCAACAGCUACUACAACGUCAUCGCGUCCCACAAGAAGAGCGGCAAGGCCAUCUAUACGCCUCUGCUUGGCUACGUCCCGUUCCUCGCCCACACUGGUAUCCUCGUUCUUUGGCUGCAGGGCGAGCUCCGAGGUGGGGUCGGGAUCGUACAUGAUGCGAGGUUACUCCCGUUCAUGCUGUACUGGGGAAUGGCGUUCUCGUACCAAGUCUCCCAGCUUAUCCUGGCGCACGUCACCAAGAGCCCAUUCCCUUACUGGAACGGCAUGAUGGUGUACUCGAUCUUUGGCGCUCUCGACGCAAACUCGCAAUGGCUUUUCAACCGGGGACCGCUUGUGCAGUCUACACCGGUCGCUGCGAACGUCUUUGUCUGGAUGUCAUUCCUCCUCGCCCUGUUCAACUAUAUCCGUUUCGCCCGAGAGGUCAUUUGGCAGAUCUGCGAACAUACCGGUGUCGCCUGCUUCACCGUCAGGCGCAAGAAUGCGCAAGGACAGUGGGUGGAGAAGGACGAGGUGAAGAACCUGAAGGCGGCGUAG